UUCUAGUAAAACAGAUGGCUCAUUAGUAGUCGUGCAGAGGAACAACAUGGCUGGCAUUGUGUGGUGUUCGUCAAGAAGGAUAUGUAGAAGGCUUGAUCAUCGAAUUUUUACACCAAAUAAGCUUCGAUUUUCUACCAGUUGUUCCAAAUUAGCAAGAUUUUAUGACAGCCCAGAUGAAGCUAUUAAAGAUGUACCCAGUAACUCAAAAUUAUUAGUUGGAGGGUUUGGACUUUGUGGAAUACCUGAAAAUUUAAUUGAUGCUCUUCAGAGAUCUGGGGUCAAUAAUCUUACCUGCGUGAGCAACAAUGCUGGAGUGGACACCUUUGGUCUUGGUUUGUUACUCAAGACAAAGCAAAUAAAGAGAAUGAUAUCUUCUUAUGUUGGUGAAAAUGCUGAGUUUGCUCGUCAGUAUUUGUCUGGGGAACUUGAAGUAGAGCUCACACCUCAGGGGACGCUUGCUGAGAGAGUAAGGGCCGGAGGGGCAGGCAUCCCUGCAUUUUACACACCAACUGGAUAUGGGACCUUGGUACAUAAAGGUGGGGCACCAAUCAAAUAUAACCAAGAUGGCACUGUCGCUAUUGCUAGUAAACCAAGAGAGUCAAGAGAUUUUAAUGGGCGACACUUCAUAAUGGAAGAAGCCAUCACAGGGGAUUUUGCCUUGGUUAAAGCAUGGAAAGCAGACAAAUCUGGCAACUUAACAUUUAGGAAAUCAGCACGCAACUUUAAUGCUCCGAUGGCAAAAGCUGCCAAAGUUACCAUUGCAGAGGUUGAAGAAAUUGUCGAGGAUGGAGAAAUCCCAGCAGAAGAUGUGCAUGUUCCUUGUGUUUAUGUACACCGUGUCAUCAAAGGAGAAAAAUAUGAGAAAAGGAUUGAGCGAUUGACACUGACUAAAGAUGAUAAUGGCAAGAAUGAGGCCAAGUCGCUAGCCUUGGAGUUUAGAGAAAGAAUCAUCAAACGAGCUGCCCUGGAAUUCAAAGAUCAUAUGUAUGCAAAUCUUGGUAUUGGUAUGCCGAUGUUAGCGAGUAAUUACAUUCCUGAAGGCAUGACUAUUAAUCUACAAAGUGAGAAUGGAAUCCUUGGCUUGGGUCCAUUUCCAAGACCAGGAAUGGAAGAUCCAGACCUGAUUAAUGCAGGCAAAGAAACAGUGACUGUAAGACCAGGCAGCUCGUUCUUUUCGAGUGAUGAAUCAUUUGCAAUGAUACGCGGAGGACACAUCGACCUUACAAUCCUCGGCGCCAUGCAAGUAUCACAGUUAGGAGACAUCGCUAACUACAUGAUUCCUGGCAAGAUGGUCAAAGGCAUGGGUGGAGCAAUGGACCUCGUGUCCUCCCCCUCUAAGGUCAUCGUAACCAUGGAACAUACGGCAAAGGGAGACAAACACAAGAUUCUUGAGAAGUGCACCCUACCCCUGACGGGGACUGAAUGUGUCAAUAUGAUCAUCACUGAAAAGUGUGUUUUCGAUGUUCAUCCCGAGCAAGGGUUGAUCCUGAAGGAACUGUAUCCUGGCGUCUCGAUUCAAGACGUACAAACAUCUACGGGCUGUGGCUUCGAGAUUUCUCCUGACUUAAAGGAAAUGGGACAGAUUGGAGAAGAGGACUAGAAGAUAGAAAGUACGACUAAAUCAAUUGAAUAUGAAUUUUCACUAACAUUAUUUUAGAAAUCCUUAUUCUAUUAUUUCUUCUUUUUGCGCGAAACUCCACCUGGAAUGUGGUCUACUAUACUAUUCCAGUUGUGGGCUGAACAGACCGAGCUGAAUUUUACGAUUUUUUUUAUGCAUGCCCUUCCACUAAUGAUAAAAUCCAAGUAUGUGGCUCAGAGUAUAAUGGUAUAACACAGCUUUAUCAUUUAGCUGUUAAAAAUGAAGGGGUCUGUCAAUGGUGUUCUUGAAUGUCACGCAACGUUUCACUGGCUUCGUAAGUGUUGCGUGACAGCCCUAAAUACGUCUACAGUUUAUAGCAUUAUAGGGCAUGCUCGAAGUCCCUCGACUUUCCUCUGCCUAAAACACCGAUUCUCACACUCAGGGUUUAGGACUUAAUAUGGGAUAGGGGUUUCAGAGUCAAUUGUUUCCAUUUUUGCAUUGUGAUGUAUUUUGAGUGGAAUGGGGUAAGGUUUUUGUCCCCUUUAAAUAUUUAUAUUGACUUGAAAAAGUAUACAUUGUUCAAAAACUUGAUGUAAUCAUAUUUUUUGAGGCAUAAAUAAAUUAUGAACGAAUACAAAACAUUGUACGGAACUCUCAUGAAUUUCUACAGAAAAUAGCUCUGCGGAUAAUCUAUGGUUACGAACUACCCUACGAGGCCUUAAGUCUCUCGGGGCUAGAGACUAUUUCAGUGUAGGGAACGCCACUGUAAGACCUUUUUUUGACAAAAUUGUCUUAAAUAAGUCUGAUAACUUGCA